AUGGCUGCCAAACAUCGACAACCUUCGUCUCAACCUCCUCAACCUCCUCAAUCGCAUCCUCCACGUCGGUCGCUCAGGCAAGGCCUCAAAGAUGUGUUUCUCCGAACUCUACGAAGAUCAUCUCAGCCCCAGGCUGGCACAACCUCCCUCGGUUCUGGCAUAUUGCGUCGAGCAGAAUCCUCGGGGUCCUUCUUCAUGUCAACGACCACGUUCUCCUCCUUUGUCGAAUUGCCAGAGAGUCGAUCUAGUCUUGAAGGGUAUACCAUCUCGCGAGCAAUCCCCAAUCGAUUUCAGUCCACCACCCACGUAUCGUCACGCAAACCGCCUGGACAACAGUCACUCCUUCCUGCUACCAGCCUCAGUCAGUUCAACCUCCAUCAAUCUUACCUUCACCCCUCUAUCGGUCCCCAACGAGCAGUUCACGAUGCCAUGUCGCCUUCGUUGUUGUCUGUUGCCAGUCGGCAAGCGAGUAUGGCCAGUUUCUCGACCUUGUCGACCAUUUCCAGCGCUUCCACUCUGAGGAUCCAGGAGUCUCGUGAGGCACUUGCCUCUUCAAAGGCGAGAGCAGGGUCAUACAAGAACCCCCAAGCACCAGCGGCCAAGGGUCGAACCAAACAUGUCUCGUGGCUGCACUCACCCUCUGCAAGUUCUGUCUCGGUGGCCGACUCCGGGAAGCAGUCUGACGAUCCAUCUGGCCUCAGAUUGGUGGAGCAUUUUAAGUCGUUUUGUAUUCUCGACACCGCCGUGGCUGGACUCCCUGUCGUCGCUACGUCCAAAGAACUUCGCUACAUUUUCGACGUCGGCGAACCCUUCUUCCUGAACAACUGUGAAUGCGAAGGUGCUUCGAUGGACAUUGUGACCGGUCAAGAUGCUGCAGGUGACCCAGUCACUCACCUCGUGUUAUUCACACCUCUUAUCAUUCCCAGCAGCGGCCGCAGCCGAUUCAUGCUAGCUUGCCUGAUCGACGUUACUCAGUUCAUCAAUGACACGGCGUCACUUCCAGAACUGGAACACGAGCUCGACACGUCCACCAUAGAAAGUGGAGUGCAAACCCCGUUGCAGGAUCGGAAAGACCUCAGUUGGAGUGGUCGCAGCUACAAGCUCUCUGCCGACGAUCUCCUUGGUGGCUGCAUGUUACCCGGCGACCGAGAAACGGCGACAAAGCCACCCAAGAAUGAUGAGACGUCAGAGGAUAUUUGGCUGAAUUUGGCGGAAGAAGAAAGGAGCAGACGAUCAUCAACCAGGACCACGGUCAGCUCGACACCGAAGAUUAGCCAGGUCGCAAGAUCGAACGCCUCUCACACGUCGACGACUAGCAGUACCGUGGAUGAGGUGUUGGACGAGUUUAUGAGCGACCUGCAGGAGCUCUAUUCGGAUUUUUUCCUUUUAGGCAAAUCUCCGCUUGAUGACACCUGCUUUGAGAUUUGCAACGUUUCACCCCUACUCUAUUCGACCAGAGAAUAUAUCAACGGACACCUUUCUCGUACGGGAGCGCAGCAAAUGGCUGAGUUGAGCGCAUCUCUGGCCCAGGAGACGCCAUUCAACAUGCACGUAAAAUGGGGCCCGCAGGGACUGGACAAAAGGAUGUAUUGUAGUCCAAUGUACACGGCGAAUUCCAUCACGUGGAUUUGUUUUCUCGUGGAUUAUCAGAUGCCAUUGAUGUGGUAA